AGGGGAUAAGAGAGUCCAGCAGCACUGCUUCUUGAAGAAAGCUCAUCAGAUGCACUGUUCUGCCUCCUCUGACUGACAUUCACGCAGGAGUCAGACUGGAUCUAUUUCUGCUGCGCUCCUCACCUUCAUGGAGCACGGGACUCGAGUCUGUAUGAUUAGGCCCUUCCACUCCAGCAACAUGAGAUUCAUUCCAUCACGACUGAGUUAUCUAUUCCUUCACCUCUUUGCGUUUUGCUACUAUGCUCAGGUAACCAUUCAGUCCCCGCCUAAUUUUACACAGCAUGUGAGUGAGCAAAGUAAGGUGACGGACCGGGUCAGCCGUAGACUAAUCCGGACCUACCAGCUUUACAGUCGAACCAGCGGCAAGCACGUGCAAGUUCUGGCCAACAAGAAAAUCAACGCCAUGGCCGAAGAUGGUGACGCUCAUGCCAAGCUCAUAGUGGAGACGGAUACAUUUGGGAGUCGAGUUCGAAUUAAAGGAGCUGAAACGGGAUUCUACAUCUGUAUGAACAGGAGAGGGAAACUGAUUGGCAAGAAAAACGGUCAGGGGAAAGACUGCAUUUUCACAGAGAUAGUCUUGGAGAACAAUUACACAGCUCUACAGAAUGUGAAGUAUGAAGGCUGGUACAUGGCCUUCACACGCAAAGGCAGACCCCGCAAGGGCUCCAAAACCAGGCAACACCAGCGGGAAGUCCACUUCAUGAAGAGGCUGCCCAAGGGACACCAAAUCGCAGAGCACAGACCCUUUGAUUUCAUCAACUACCCUUUCAACAGACGGACUAAACGCACCCGCUACUCAGGAGAGCGUUGAAGAGUGAAGCCGGAGAAAAGGAGAGGACAGAGAGCGAGAGACUUUCUCAAACAAUGAACAGACUCUUCUCGUGGACUCCUAAAAACAUUUUUUGUACUGAGCAACAAUAUACCUAAUCUUUAGUUUUCUAUGAAUUUUCAGAAAUAACAAAAAAAGAAAGAAAAAAAAAAAGAGAUCUAUUUUUGUACCCCUGACUUUUAGUACUGACCUGUGUAAGAGUAUAGAAAAGCGAAGCACGGGACGUGUAAGUGCUGACAUAUUAGUAGUGCGUGGACUUCAUCCGUCUAUCCUCUCUUCUGCUUUGGUUUCAUUUGAUUUCGAUGGUUUUAGAGUAAUUUAUAACUCUUCGUAUUGCUGCUCAAGGGGACUUGAAGGGCCUGAGAGAAUGCACUGACAACACAAGGCUGUAUUCGGUUACACAGGCAGCCGGGGCACCUCGCGACCACCCAGCGAUAAGAUACCCAGCUCAUCUCUCAGUAACCUCUCUGGUUCUUGAUUCUAGAACUCUCUGGAGAUAAACACGGUUAAAGCAAACAGAGCUUUAAAUACAUAUUUAAAUGUG